AUGGAAACAAAUAAAAUAAGUUUCGGGUUCAGUAAGGUUGUGAAGAAGCCAAACUUACUUAAAACCAACAAUGAAAAUAUUUCAAAAUCAAAUAAAGUAGAAUUGAUCGAAUCUAUUGAAGGAAGUUCGAUUAAACUGCAUGGAAAGAGUUCUUAUGCAGAUCAGGAAAAGAAACUUGUCAUUCCUAUGACGAAUGAUCAGAAAACGACUCCACUCUCUAAACUUAUAGCAGCAAAAACUCAAAAAUUAAGCAAUUUAGUUAAAAGUGAGGAAACAAAUGGAAUUCAAAUUAAACAAGAACCAAUUGAUGAAACACUCGAACAACAAGCUGCAAGGGAACUUAUCGAAGAUUUACAAAAGAAGGUGGUUAAGACUGAAGUUAAAGUAUUUGAAGUUCCAAUGAAUGCUGAUGAAUUGCCUUUAGAAGGAGCUAUUCAAUCGUCACUUGAUGAUUAUGAUCGUGUUCCAAUCGGCGAUUUCGGAAAAGCAAUGCUUCGUGGUAUGGGAUGGAAAGAUGAUGAAAAGGCAGAAGAUAAAAAGCUUCUUGAAGCUCCUGUGCUAAGGCCCAAAGGAAUGGGAUUAGGUGCUGAUAAAGUUGUCAAGAAACAGCCUUUACUUGUACAACCAAACCAGUCAGAAACGCUAGAGAUUAAAAAGAAUGCUUGCGUAAAAAUACUUGCAGGAAAACACAAGAAUUUCUAUGGAACUAUAGAAGGCUUUGAUGAUGGAGGCGGCAGAGUUAUCGUGAAACUUGCAAUAGGAGGUUUAAAAUUCACAAUCAAUGAAUUUAUGUUACAACCAGUAGCGAAACAAGAAUUUGCUAAAUACGGAAAAAUUCUUAAUUCUAAAAAAUAUGAAGAAUUUAAAAGUGGCGAAACGACUUCAAAAGUGUCUGAAAAUUCAAGUUUGAAAACGUCGACAACAUCAGAAAACCACCACCAAACAGAAGAACCUUCAAGGAACCAUUCAAGAGUUGACCAUAAAAGCAGACAAAAAAAUAAAUCAAAAGAUAGAAGAGAACGCGAUGUUUCAGAAAAUUCAUCUAAUAUACAAAAAUAUCGUGGAAGGAGUCGAUCACGCGAGAAACGAUCGAAAAAGCGACGAUCACGAUCAUCAAGCUCUGAUAACUACCGAAGCCAUAAGAAGAAGUCCAAGCAGCAAAGGCGAAGAUAUUCUUCAUCUUCAGACUCUCGAAAAUAUUCUUCAGACUACGAGAGAAGAC